UCAAUUCCCUCCAGACAGUUGCCAAUAUUCACUCAUAAAGUCAGGACGUACCGAGUUCUGCUAUAUUACCACGGAAAAUGAGAUUACACUUGCUUUGUUUACUGGGGCUGCUCAGCCUCACCGAUUUGACCCGCGCAGCCAGUAAUCUGGUCUGUUACUAUGACUCGGCCUCGUAUCUGCGUCAGGGUCUGGGUAAGCUAGUGCCCAAUGAUCUGGAGCUGGCCCUGCAGUUCUGCACUCAUCUGGUUUAUGGCUAUGCGGGUCUCAAACCCGGAACCAAUGAGCUCUUCAGCCUCAAUGUGGACCUGGACAUGUUCCAUUACAAGGACAUAACGAAUCUUCAUGCAAGAUUCCCCCAACUGAAGAUUCUCCUGAGUGUUGGCGGUGAUCAUGAUGUGGACACGGCUCAUCCUAACAAAUAUGUGGAACUACUGGAAGCGAAUCGCACCACCCAGCAGAACUUCAUAGACAGCAGCAUGAUUUUGCUGAAACGGAAUGGCUUUGAUGGCCUAGAUCUGGCCUUCCAGCUGCCACGGAAUAAAGCAAGGAAGGUGCACGGAUCCAUUGGCGGCUACUGGAAGCAGUUCAAGAAGCUCUUCACCGGAGAUUUUAUCGUGGAUCCUCAAGCGGAGCAGCACAAGUCACAGUUUACCGAUUUGGUGGAGAAUCUGCACAAUGCAUUUAGCCAUGCCAAUCUGAUGUUAACACUGACUGUUUUACCAAACGUGAAUGCCACUUGGUACUUUGAUGUACCGAAGCUGCAUCCCAAGCUGAAUUACAUCAAUCUGGCCGCCUUCGACUUCCUCACGCCUGUUCGUAAUCCGGAAGAGGCUGACUAUACCGCACCCAUCUUCCAGCCAGAGGAACAGAAUCGCUUGCCCCAUUUGAAUGUCGAGUUUCAGGUCAACUAUUGGCUGCAAAAUCAUUGUCCUGCCCAAAAACUGCACCUGGGAAUCGCCAGCUAUGGUCGUGCCUGGCAACUAACCAAAAACUCCGGCCUCAGUGGACUUCCUGUGGUGCCUGAAACCUAUGGACCAGCACCUGGUGGCCUACAAAUUGGCAGUGCCGAGGGUUUGCUCAGUUGGCCAGAGAUUUGCUCGAAGCUGGCGCAGAACUCAACGGCUGUGUAUAGGGGAGCCACGGCACCCUUACGCAAAGUAACAGAUCUGACCCAGAAAUACGGGAACUACGCUCUACGGCCGGCCGAUGAGAAUGGAGACCAUGGCCUGUGGCUAAGCUACGAUGAUCCAGAUUUUGCGGGCAUUAAGGCGGUGUAUGCCAAAAACAGGGGACUCGGCGGCAUGGCAGUGUUCGAUUUGGGCUGCGACGACUUUCGAGGCCUCUGCACAGGCCAGAAGUUUCCAAUAAUACGUUCUAUUAAAUAUUUCAUGGGUUGAAGGGGUAUUGCCAAUCCAGUUGUACAUAGAAUUCUAAGUGUGAUGGCAAAAUAAAUUUGU